GGGAUAUUGUUAAUGUAAUUACCUUUUAUUUACGCUCAGACCAAGCUGGUCACUCGGUCGAGCGUACUCUCACGUCCACAAAACACGUAAAAUUACACCCUGCAGCUUUAAGAAAGUUUUUUUUUUAUUGGUACGAGAUAUAAAAGUAAGUAGAUUCUGUUUAAUAUAGCGGGGGUCCUCCCCCGGUUAGUAAAUUGGUAAGGUUAGAGUGAAGUGAGAAAGAGGUUAGACUGUGAGAUGAGUUAGACUGAGACGAAUGAGUGAGAAUAGGCUAUGAGACGAAACUAGAGAGAAAUUAAACUGGGAUGAAAGUACAGUAUAUGUACUACUGUACUGUACAUUAUAUGUACUGCUGGUGGUAGAGCGGUACCGCUCUUGCCUCGCAAGUAAGAUAACCAAGGUUACAGCUUCAUUAGCCUCUGAUGCUGUACAACACGGUACAUUAAAAUAAACCCGAAAAAAAACGAAGUCAGGCUUUUUUUUUUUUUACUCUAGGGACGCGAGCUUAUUAUGAUCACAGGAAAUUGAGAUUGUCUUCCAGGAAGCUGGUGAGACGAGAUUGAAGGUGAUUUUUUUAUAUAAUUAAGUGAGAUUAGGUAAAUGUAGUCGCUAAGAGCACGUGACUAAACAGAGAGUGUGGUGGUGGUGGUGGUGUAGUGGAUUCCUUCCCUACAAACGCCGUUUGUCUUUGUAGGGGAGGCAUCCACUACAGUGGAACAAGUGAACUGCUUCUAUAGUUGCCGAGUGGCGUAAUUAACCUCCGCAAACCCUUGUUUUAAGGCGUAUUCCCUACUACUUUUUUAUUGCGUAAUACCUGAACUAAUCGGAUAUUGAUUAAACAUGUAAUUUCGAUGUGUUCGUAGUAGUUUGUUAGCUAUCAAGGGUAAUUAAAGUUGUGACAACGACUUUGAACUAGUGUGGCCCGGUGAUAAACAAAACCUGCUGCCGAGUCGAAGGCUCGAAGCCUCUGCGGUGCCGACUGUUAGUGUAUCCUCGAUCGUGGGACAGUGACGGGUGUUUAUGUUCUGUGGCUGAUAAUCGCCAGGAACUCCCCUCUCACCCCUCCUCAUUCAUAAGUCAUUGUUCUCGCCAACUCGUAAUGGGAGAUAAUGUUCGUGAGAGAGUUUUGUACGACAGUGGUGGGGCGGCGGUGUCUACUCGAGAGCCCCUGACACUGGAAGAGCUGCAGGACGCCCUCAAGCACUUUCAGAGGAACACUGAUGUCUUCUUCCUCGUCACCAUGGGAACAAUAUGCUUCUUCCUACAAUGCGGGUUUGCGUUCCUGGAGGCGGGAGCUGUAAGGUCCAAGAACACUACCAACAUCUUGAUCAAAAACAUGUUAGAUGUGUUCAUCGGUGGCAUCUCGUAUUGGUUGGUCGGAUUCCCUCUGGCGUUCGGUGAGGGCAACAGCUUCUGCGGGACCACCUACUGGGCGUCGUAUGAGCUACCGGACGAGCGCCUAGCAUUCUGGUUCUUCCAGUUUGUGUUCGCCGCCACCGCUGCGACCAUUGUGUCUGGAUCAAUGGCAGAGCGGUGUGCCUUUAAUGCAUACCUUAUUUAUUCCAUAGUGCUUACGGCAGUGGUGUACCCGGUGGUGUCACACUGGGCGUGGUCUGACAGUGGGUGGCUGAGCGUUCGUGCCUACCAAGAUUUUGCAGGCUCUGGAGUGGUUCACCUGACAGGAGGCGUGGCAGCUCUUAUGGGUGCCAUAAUAUUAGGACCGAGGGCUGGCCGUUUUGGAUCAAAAGGGAUGGACUUGCGUGGACAUUCUGUACCGCUGGCAGCUCUAGGAGGAUUCAUCCUGCUCUUUGGUUUCUUGGCAUUCAAUGGGGGGUCACAGGCAUCCAUUAGCCAGGAAGGCGAUGCCUCGGCGGUAGCAAAGGCCAUCGUUAACACAGUCCUCUCUGGCAGUGCUGGAGGCAUCACGGUUCUGUUGGUUUACCGUUCUGGUGCGUGUGGCAGACCUUCCACCUGGUCCUUCCUUAUGGCCCUCAAUGGUGCCCUGACUGGCAUGGUAUCAAUCUGUGCUGGGUGUAAUGUGGUGUGGCCAUGGGGUGCUGUUGUCAUUGGAAGUAUUGCUGGAAUGAUAUUUCUUGGCAUCCACAUACUUCUUCCCAUGGUCAAAGUUGACGAUCCAUUAGAUGCUGUCGCUGUGCACAUGGGUGGUGGGUUCUGGGGGCUGAUUGCUGUGUCACUCUUCAAGGAUGGUGGCAUUGUAUAUGGGGGCUCUACUGAAGUCCUGGCUUGGAACCUGGCUGGGGCAAUGGCCAUCUUAGGCUGGUCUGGUGGACUCUCCUCCUUGAUGUUUGGUACACUAAGGCUACUGGGCAUGUUAAGGGUUCCUCCUGAAAUGGAACUUCAAGGACUGGACAUAUUAAAGCAUGGUGAGCCAGCCUACCCAGCUGAGGCGUGGAUAGAGGACCAAUACAGCAGCUCCAUCACUACUGAAAAUGGUGUAAACAGGAACAUUUAUCUACCACCAAAUAUGUCUUCUUUCUGGCACCCAAGCUGGGCCAAUUAUCUGAACCCGGGACAACCUAUGUACUGGACGCUUCCUGAUCCUCGACGAGCACGAAUUGGUCCUGGCUCCCGCCCACAUCCCCAAACCCCAGCCAGUCCUAAAAUGAAUGACCUUUUCUAUAGUGAUAAAGGCCCUAACAUAUCCCCAGCAUCACGGCCUAGACACCAUGAGUCAGAUGAGGCAAGAGAUCACCGAAGCCUUAGGGGUCAUAUGACUAAAGCAUAUUCCAAUGAGGGAUUUGAGGUUGAAGUCUCCAAGUUUUAAGUUCUUACUGUUUGAUCUUUGGUUGUGAAGUGAUGCUUUAUAAUUACAAAUGGCGUAUAAUCACGGAAAAAAGCCCUGUCAGUUCUCCCUACCAUCCAUGAACCCUGAGACUCGUGAAUCUGAGAUCGUACAACCCAGUAAGCACCUAUGGGCCCAACAAUGUGUGAUAUCUUGGAUUCACAGGUUCACGAGUCUCGGUUUGGUUUGGUUCUGGAAGAAAUGACGAGAUUGUUUUAACUUGAUAAAUAAGGUUUGGAUAAAGCAAUGGAUUUUUUUUUUUUUUUUCAAAGGAACUACCAGUAAUGAUAUUAUGCCUGAUUGGGUAUUUACAGUACAGUAGGCAGUAGGUUAGUGGCUAAUUAAUUGAUUACCUCAACUAAACUGAAACAAUUUAACAAAAUAUUAUACAUACAUUUAAGGAAUAAAAGGUUUCGUUUUUUGCACGUUAAAAAGUUAUAUUGUACAGUACAGAAUUAUUGUCAAGUUAUUGCUCUAACUUUUCACUGUAAAUAGUUUAAAUUUUUUAAGUUGUUUUAGCCUUCAGGCAGCGGGCCACAGUAGAUAUGCUCUCCACUCUGCUGUUUUCGAGAAAAAAAAAAUAAUGUUACUAACUGGUCGUACAUAAUAUAAAAGUAAAGACUGGUAGUGUAAGGGCUAGGAAGAGUCGAGAAUGCAUGUGAAGUGGCAUGUGUGUGACACAGUGGGGUGAUUUGUAGGUAGUAAGAGGUACAGGACACUCAUUUUCUAUUGUUUCUAUUUACUGUACACUAUACUUACAAUUAUUAUUGCUGCCUCCUGUAAUUGAUCACAAAUCUGCUGAUGGUCAAGUCCCUUACUACACUUGCGCUUUGGAGGUUGGGGGGAUAGAAACAUGUAGUGAGACACAUGAAGUCCAAGGGCAAGAUCCCUAUAUCACAAAAGCUGAGAAGCUACCGAGGUCCGAGAAGGAAGGCUGGAAGGCUUGUAUGCGUACGCUAGUGAAAGGUAAAUGCUUACUUGGCAACAUAAUCUAGCCAGGGCUGCAUGACUAUUUAAAUAGUACCACGAAAUUACGAAAAGUCACUUAACAUGAACUGAGGCGUGAGGGUUGCACCACAUAAUAAUGACUAAACCAGGCUGGGAUGCAAGUUGAUAAAAUUGAGUAGGUCUCGUAUAUAAAUAUGCUGUAUUAUUUUUAUUUAUCUAUACUGUCCAGUUCUAAAAAAAAACAAAAACAAAUAUGGAUAUUCUCCAAGUUGAAUUACAAAACCUUCACUUUGAUAUGCUUUAUAUUAUAACAUGUAGGGAGAGACUUGUUCAGUCACACUAGGGAUUCCAAGUUGAUGUGUAGUGUUGCUUUGCUGUUGUAUUGUAUAAUUCUCCCAGGAAUGAUGUACUUGGUGCCUCUUCUCUCGCUGUCUGAAUCCCUCCCUCUUCCUACCUAAACCCUUGUCACUCAUUUUCUGCAUGAUCUUGCGUGUGAAUUGAAUGAUGAACUGUGUCUAAGGUGCCAUCCAGUUUGUCAGGCAAGAAAAGUGAGUAGUUGUUCUAGGUGAGAGUAUGGGAUGCUGCCCAUUAUGUUCAAGUUUUAAUGGACUAUUACAAGCCUCUAGUGGUGAGUAAAAGCUUAUACAGUAUUGUAUUGUUUUUUUUUUUUUUUUGUACAUUGUGUUGUACUCUCACAGUAUAACAGAUGAACACUAAUAUAUGCACAAAAGAAAAUAAUGUACAAGGGGUUUACCCGUACUAUAUAGGGGGUCCCCAACUUACAAACGUCCGUCGAUACGAACGAGGUUAAACUUUAAAUUCACAUUAUUCUAUUUACGGGUACGUGUCGACUUAUUUUUUUACUUUCAUUUACUGUAUUUUGUCAUUCUAUUUCUUUUCUCUUAAAUUAAUUAAUUUUUAUAUGUAUAUAAGAACUUGGGCUAUGAUACAGUGGGAUUUUAGACACUAUUCUGUAAGUACGGUAUGCACAUAGCAUGUGUUUCAAAUUACAGUAUACACAUACAUUUUUGACUAAAGAACAUCCUCAGGAAUGGAACCCAUUCAUAACCCCUGGGAACCCCCUAUACUUUAAUUUUGUACUGUCAUUUUUCAUAUAUUAUUUAGUACUCGCUUUUAUCAUGAUUUUGUUUUGGGUUUACAUUAAAUAGUCCAUAAUUGUGAAUUUCAUUAAAAAAGUUGUGUAUGAACUAAAUAAUAA